UGAAACUCACGUGUUAUUCUUUCAAAUGCGUUUUCUUUCAUUGUCCUCUCAAAUUUGAAUUCGGACCUGCUUCAGUUUCCCUUCUCUCUCUUCUUCACUGUUCCGCAUCGGAGACAAGUAGACAACGAAGGAUCUCACCACCCUAUUUCCUCUCGUUCUUGCUGGAUUGGUUUGUUGCCUCAUAACAAGUUGUCAUAUUUUCUUGGUAUAAAGUGAUGGAUAAUCCGGAAGCUAAGGACCUGUCUCAAUGUGUGAAGGUUGCCGUUAAUAUUCGACCACUAGUGACAUCAGAGCUCCUAGUCGGCUCCACCGAUUGCAUUACUGUUUUAUCUGGAGAACCUCAGGUCCAAAUUGGAUCUCAUGCUUUCACUUUCGAUUAUGUAUUUGGAAGCAACGGAUCACCUUCUUCUUGUAUUUUUGAUCAAUGUGUUGCACCCAUUGUCGAUUCUCUCUUUAAUGGUUACAAUGGCACAGUACUGGCAUAUGGACAGACUGGAUCAGGGAAAACGUAUACCAUGGGUACAAACUACAAUGGAGAAGAACACAUUAGUGGAGUUCUACCCAAGGCUAUGGAAACCAUAUUCUCCAAGCUAGAGGAAAAGAAAAGCAAUACUGAAUUUCUUAUUAGGGUAUCAUAUAUUGAGAUAUUUAAGGAAGAAGUGUUUGAUUUGUUGGAUCGAAACCCCCAUCUUGCUUCUCGAGUUGAUGGAGUGAAGACGAAUGCACCUUCAAGAACUCCUAUUCAAAUUAGAGAAACUGUAAGCGGAGGAAUAACUCUUGCAGGUGUUACUGAGGCAGAAGUUAGGACAAAAGAGGAGAUGGAAUCAUAUUUGUUGCUAGGUUCUGCAGCUCGCACUACUGGGAGCACAAACAUGAACAGCCAAUCGAGUCGUUCACACUCGAUCUUCACAAUAUCCCUGGACCAAAAGAAAAAUGCAUCUUCUUACCCUGAAGAGGUUCAAGAUGAAGAUAAUUUUUGUGCAAAACUCCAUUUGGUGGAUCUUGCUGGUUCAGAACGGGCAAAAAGAACUGGAGCAGAUGGAAUGAGAUUUCAGGAAGGCAUUCACAUCAAUAAGGGCCUAUUAGCCCUUGGAAAUGUGAUAAGUGCUUUAGGAGAUGAGAAGAAAAGGAAAGAUGGAGGCCAUGUUCCUUACAGGGAUAGCAAGUUAACUCGCUUGUUACAGGAUUCCCUUGGCGGAAACAGUAAGACAGUCAUGAUAGCUUGUGUAAGUCCUGCUGAUACAAAUGCUGAGGAGACCUUGAACACUCUGAAGUAUGCAAAUCGUGCUCGGAACAUCCAGAAUAAAGCAAUUAUCAAUCGUGAUCCUAUGGCAUCUCAGAUGCAAAAAAUGCGAAGCCAAAUUGAGCAACUACAGGCUGAGCUUCUCUUUUUUCAAGGAGAUUCUGGUACUUCAUUUGAGGAACUUCAGAUUAUCAAGCAACGAGUCUCAUGUCUUGAAACAAGUAAAGCUGAAUUACAACGGCAGCUAAAAGAAUGCCGAAUUGCUUGUGAACAUUACUCUCACCGUGCUCUUGAGGCUCAGGUUGAAAAGGACGAGUUAAUUAUGAAAAUAGAAUCAGCUCGCAAUGGAAAAACAUGGGAUGAAAUUGAUAUCAAUCAAGAUCAGGAUCUUGAUUUGCUGAAGACACAUGUGGGAAAGAUACAAGAGUUAGAAAGAGAGGUUUUACGCUUAAAGAAUACAGUACAAUCCAAUGAACUAAGACAUCAUAAAUCUGAUAGCUUUGAGUUUGACAACUAUGAGAUUGACUCAAGAGAUUCCAGUUUCCUUGAUAUUUCCGAAUAUUCAUCUGGUUCUUAUUUGAAGAAUCUUGCUAUUGAAGGUGAAGCCGAUUACGAGGAGAAACAAAAAGAGCACUCAUUUCUCCAGCAAAAGUUGGACAAAGAACUAAAAGAUUUGGAUCAAAAACUUGAACAGAAGGAGGUGGAAAUGGAGCAAUUCAAUGAUCUUGAUACUUCAGAUCUUACGCAACAUUAUGAGAAGAAAGUUCAUGAACUGGAGCAUGAGAAGCGGGUGUUACAGAAAGAGAUACAGCAACUCAAGCAUUAUCUUGAAAAUAUCUCAUCCAACUCUGAUGAAAGUGCUCAGAAAUUGAAGGAGGACUAUCUUAAAAAACUGAAUGUUCUUGAAUCACAGGUGGUGGAGCUUAAGAAGAAACAGGUUUCUCAAGCUCAACUCCUAAGUCAAAAACAGAAAAGUGACGAGGCAGCUAGAAGAUUGCAGGAUGAGAUUCAGAGGAUAAAAUCCCACAAGGUUCAAUUACAACAAAGAAUCAAGCAAGAAUCUGAGCAAUUUAGGCAGUGGAAGGCUUCAAGGGAAAAGGAAGUUCUUCAGCUAAAGAAAGAGGGAAGAAGGAAUGAGUAUGAGAUGCAUAAACUUCUAGCCUUGAAUCAAAGACAAAAGAUGGUUCUGGAACGAAAGACACAAGAGGCUGCUAUGGCUUCCAAAAGACUGAAAGAGCUCUUGGAAUCAAGAAAGUCUUCAUCACGUGAAACAUCUGGUCAUGCAAGUGGCUAUGGUCCAGGUAUUCAGGGGCUGAUGCAAACGAUUGAGCAUGAACUUGAGGUGGUUGUGCGUAUGCAUGAAGUUCGCUCAGAAUAUGAUCGUCAAAUGGAAGCGAGAGCAAAAAUGGCUAAGGAGAUGGCGGAGCUCAAAGAAGAAGCACAUGAUAUAAAGCAGGAAAAUUUAAGUGCUUUCCCUGAAACAAUGUCUCCUGGAGCAAAAAAAUCGAGGGUCUUUGCAUUAGAAUAUAUGCUUGCAACUUCAUCAAGUGCCCUUGUUGCGAUGGCAUCACAAUUGUCUGAAGCUGAAGAACGAGAACAUUCUUUUAGUGGCCGGGGACGUUGGAAUCAAGUUCGUUCACUUGUUGAAGCAAAAAAUAUCAUGAACCAUUUAUUCAACUUGACUACAUCUUAUAGGUGCCAGUUGAGGGAUAAAGAAGUUGAUUGUAGAGAGAGAGACUCAGAAAUAAAGGAUUUGAAGGAAAAAGUAGUCAAUUUAGCGAGACAACUGGAAAUGCAAAAGCUUGCAUUUAUUAGACAGGAGAAACUGCAGGGUGCUCGAGCAUCUUUCAAUUGGGGAAAUACCACUGCAGAACAAAAAGAAGACAUGGAUAUAUGUGAAUCAGAGGAUUCAGACAGGAAUGACAUGGCUGACGAAGACAGUGAAUGUGAACAAGAUAAAUCUGCAAAGCAGCAACAAGUUAGGAAACAGAACUCCAAAAGUAAUAAUUGUCCGAGUACUACAGUAUCAUGUCAAAAUUACAUCAGUGAUUCUGAGAAUCCAAAAUCAGAAACUCCUCCAAGUGAAGAAGAAGGGGCCACUAACGGCGUUGCAAAUAUUUCUGUAAUUUGUUGCACGUGCAUCAAAGGUUCUUUGUUCAAAACGUCAAAAUGCCAAUGUCAGGCUAAUGGGAAAAACUGCCAAAUUUCAUGCAUUUGUGCAGUUAAGAAGUUCUCAAAUAGAGACGUACAAUUGGAAAUUCUUGAUUCAGAUGAAAAAGAAAAGAACAAGAAUCCUUUUUCCCAUGAUGCAAAACUACUCCAGAGUGCAUUAUUAACCAAUAAAGUUGAUGAGAUGGACCAAGAAAAUGGUCUGAGAAGAAAGCCUCUAUCUAGCAUCAGAAACAAGGUGAAAUCCAAUGACACAAAACUUCCUAACCAGAGAAAGAAAUGGACGAAAUCUAUUAUUCAGCUUGCUCCCGUGGCUCCUCCUUCUCAGCAAAGCGUAGAAGGCAGUGCAGAAGAAAUCUCAUUUGCAAAAGAGGAGAGCUCAAAUACUACUAAAGAAGCAGCAUCAUACAGUAUUCCUUCAUGGGCAACCAGAUAUCCAACCUCAAAUUUUAACCUAUUAAGAGAUGGGAACUCCGAAAAGAAACAGCAUAGUUUGUCAGUUGUUGCUAUUAUGGAGUCAUCAUGUCCUCCUCUGAUUCCAAGAAGUCCACACAAGCAGCAAAAGGUGGUGGAAGAAAAGGAGAAUCACCAUGGCCUAUGAUUUUAAUGUGAACUACUUGUACUUCCAUUUUUGGUGAGGUUCUUUUUUUUAACCAACUACUACAUUUGUAUGAACUCGUAACUCCACCUU